GAAAACUUGCAGGUUUGAGCCAAAUUAAAGCGGGAGCUUAAACUCAGUGUGCAGACACUUCUUCUUUUUUGAUUUCACCUGUUUGUCCUGCACCUGGUACCUAAUACGGUCUUUGGAUGUGCGCACAGCCCUUCUCCUUCAUACCUGCUGGCUGAGCGGCGUUGGCAGUGUUCAGUCCGCUGUAUGAGCGCUGCAGCCAGGAGGAGGAGAGCUCUGCACAGUGCCUUCCCAGUGCUGGAGCAGCCCCUCCUGCCCAUCCACCAACAGAUGUAUGAAACCAACCUCCGAAACAGCAACGCCUGCCAUAAGAAGUUCAUAGAGUUGAGUGAAAAGGUGAGAAAAGGUGGAGGGGAAAAGAGCAUCGCCAGACACACUCAGAGAAACAAGAAGUUGUUGGUCAGGGAUCGGCUGCGCUUUCUGCUGGAUGAUGAGGACUUCCUGGAGCUGUCACCAUUAGCUGGUCUGGGUCUGCCGUACGGGGACAUCCCUUCAGCCGGCUGCCUGACUGGCAUUGGCAGGAUCAACGGCCUGUGGUGUGUGUUUAUUGCCAAUGAUGCCACAGUGAAAGGUGGCACGGCGUAUCCAAUCACAGUGAAGAAGCAGCUACGGGCACAGGAAGUAGCAAUUCAAAAUCGCCUGCCUUGUGUUUACCUGGUCGACUCUGGAGGAGCUUUUCUGCCACUGCAGUCAGACAUCUUUCCUGAUAAGAAUCAUGGAGGAAAGAUGUUCUAUUAUGAAGCCAUCAUGUCUGCCAUGAAGAUCCCACAGGUGUCAGUGGUGUGCGGGUCGUGCACGGCGGGUGGGGCUUAUAUCCCCACAAUGGCAGAAGAGACAGUGAUGGUGCACCGGAUAGGGACUAUAUUCCUGGGUGGACUGCCACUUGUGAAGGCCGCCACGGGAGAGGAGGUCACACCAGAAGACCUGGGAGGAGCCACGCUUCACGCUGAGGUGAGUGGCUGUGUGGACCAUUUUGCCUGGGAUGAAAAACAGGCAUACCAUGACACCAGAAACAUCAUGUCCACCCUCAACUUCCAACUGCCUGAGGAAGAGGAUGAGGAUGAGGAGAAGACGAGGAAGAGGAAAGCAGAGGAGGAGCCGCUGUACAGUUCAGAGGAGCUUCUGGGGCUGGCUCCCAGAAGUUAUAACCACAGUCUGGAUGUUAAGAUGGUAGUCAGUCGACUGACAGACGGGAGCCGCUUUCAGGAGUUUAAUUUGCGCUAUGGAACUACACUCAUCACCGGCUUUGCGAAGAUACAUGGCCACCUGGUGGGAAUAUUAGCCAACAACGGAGAGCUGUCGUACCAAGCUGCACUGAAAGGAAGUCGUUUUGUCCAGUUGUGUGACCAGAGAAACAUUCCUCUUGUAUUCCUUCAGAACACAGCACCCACAGCAGCUCUGACACUCUCCACAGCACAGGCAGCGAUGAACAGUAACCGUCUGAAAGCUCAGGGUUCAAUGAUGUCAGCAGUAGCAUGUGCCUCAGUCCCCAAAAUCACUGUGGUGAUCGGUGGUUGCCAUGGUGCCGACAGUUACGCCAUGUGUGGGCGGACAUUUGACCCUAAUUUCCUGUUCCUGUGGCCCAACGCCAGAGUGUCAAUGACGGCUCCGGGUCACGCCGGCUCUCUGCUUCCCCCUGACAGUGAGCAGGAUGAGGAAGAGAAGAAGAAGCACGAGGACAAGUUAAAUAAGAGAUUGGAAGAAGAGAGCUCCGCUUUCUUCUCCUCCGGCUGACUGUGGGACGAUGGCGUCAUUCUUCCUCAGGACACCAGGAAGGUUCUCAAGGACUGCUUGGACAUCAUCAAACAGCGGCAGUAUGAGCUUCCCACAGAGAAACUGCACUCAGCACUUUUACGUAUAUAGAAGCUUUCAUUCCUCUCCUCCUCAUGUCCUCUUGAUGUCAAACAUACGUCCAUCUCUGAGAUUAAACUGCUGACUUUUCAUUUCGGGAAGUUACUUUCAUGUUUUCAUUAAUGUUUUGAUUACCAAUGUUAUCUAAUAGAAGUCAUAUCUGUGAAAGCUUUGUCUUCAUACUUUGAAUAACACAAAUCGACUACAAUUAUUGCACAUACUGAAUGCAAAGGUGUCGGCAUGGAGACUGUCUAGAAGUAUUUAUAACAGAUACAAAGAUGAUUUUAUUGCCCUUCCUUCAAAUGAACCAAAGCAUUUUUUUUUCAUCUUGACAUGGGGGAAACCCUCAAAGGUUCUCUAAAAUGUUAUUACCUUCUUAAACCUGCAUAAAUGUAUAUGUUUGGCCACUUGGGGGCAGCACAAGAGGCUCUAAGCCACUCUAAGCACAGCACUGACAUGGUAUUAUCACUUUAGGAACAGUUAAUAGAUAAUAAACAUUUCAGCCUUAUGUCUGCUGUAUAGACCUGUGGGAUCAUUUAAUGUUUGUCUCAUUUUUGCAUGAUUUUUUUAUUUCAGUUUGUUUGGCUCAUAAUAUAUGGCAGGAUAUUUCCUCACAGAAGUCAUUAUAUUUUUUACAAUAAAUGUCAAAACAUUUGCACUGUGACCAUGAAUGUAAUUACAAAAUG